UUUUUUUGAAAAAUUUUUUUUUCGUUCCGAUAUUGUUCUUUUUUUAAUUUAAAAAAAAAAAACUAAAUAAUUUAUAAUAAUAAUAAUAAUAGUAACGAUAAUAAUAAGAGAACUGAACGUUUUUAUUAUAGGUCCCAAUCACACAUAUUUUUUUAUAAAGAUUUUUAUUUAAAUUUUAAAAACAAGUUUACGAAUAAAAAAAAAAAAAGAAAAAAAAAAAGAAAAAAUUACUUUUUUAAAAGUCAUGCCUAAACGAAUACUUACAACACCACCUUUAUAUGUAAAAAAACAUGAAUGGUCUAAAAGACUUAGUGUAUACUGUCUUAUAAUCUUUUUUUUAUUAAAUGUCACUGGAUAUUUAUAUUAUUACGAUGAUAUGUCAAAUUCUUUAUUAAUUAAUCCUUCAGGGAUGUUCACUAAACAAUGUGAUUAUACCGAUGUUAAAAUUGACCUUGAUAUAGAAUAUGAUUUACGACCUGAAAACGUCGAACAAAUUGAAAGUAUUGAAAUUGAAACAACUUUGAUUGAAUCAGAAACAACCACAAUAACAACAGAAUCAGAAAUAGAUAUAGAAGAAAAGAUUGAAAUAAUUGAUGAAGAGAUUAAUAAAAAAUAUUGUGGAAAAUCAAAAUGUGAAUUCUUAUUCGCUUAUUAUCAACCUGAACAAGAAACUAAAGCGAAUAUGCAUUUUAGAUCAUUUGUAAAUCUUGCUCAAGCUCUUGGUCGUACAAUGGUUUUAACUAAUGUUGGAAGUUCUAGAAUUAAUUCAUGUCAAAAUUUUACUUUUGGAUUUUAUUAUAAUGCUAAAGCUUUACAAGAUAUGUUUCCUGAUGUAAAAUUUAUUUCUCAAAAAGACUUUCAAAAUUGGUUAAAAGAAAGGAGACAAAAACCUAAUACUGAACAUGCUUAUAUAUUACCUGGUGAAUUGGAUUAUAAAAUGGAAUUAGUUAAACCUUAUCCUGAUAUACUUAAAACAAAGAAUUGUUUAAAUAGAUUUGAUUUUAAUUUAGAUGAUAAUACAAUAUUUAAACAAUUUAAUACUGGUAAAAAUUUUUCAAAGGAUCCUGUGAAACAUCAACAAUUCGCUGAUUUUCUUGUUAAUAAUCUUAAAACUGAUGUUGAAAUUUUAUUAACUUCUCAUUUCGUAUUUCAUCCUUUAUUCCCAAAUGUUUCAUCUCCUAUUCCUUAUGCAAAUCAUUAUUUUGAUGAAGCUGCAAAAAUUACAAAUAGAAUUAAACCUUAUGUUGCUAUACAUUGGAGAAUGGAAAGAGCAAAUAUUAGUAUGUUAAAUGAAUGUUCUGAAGCUUUAGUUAAAAGAAUCUCUCAAUUAAAAGAUUCUCUUGGUAUUAAAAAUGUUUAUAUUGCAACUGAUUAUCCAAUUGGUGGUGGUAAAACUCAAUCUCAAACAUUUCACCUUUUAACUGAUGAACAUCAUAAUUCAAUGAAAUUAUUAAAUUCUACUUUUAAUGUUAAUUCUUGGGUAUCUUCAAAUAUUUUCUCUAGUUUAAGAAAUGAUGAGACAAUAGAAAAGGAAUUUUUGGGCGCUGGAAUGCCUGGAAUUGUAGAUAAAUUGGUUUGUAUGGAUGCCGAUUAUUUCUUGGCAACCCCUGAAGGUUGUGGAAGGGCACGAAGUACAUAUACUACAAUGAUCAUUGAUGCGAGGAAUGUAUCAAUGCAACAUGGUGAAAGACCUCAAUUAAAAAACAUUGUUGAGAGGUGGAUUCAAUAUCCCGAGGCUGGAGAAAAUUAGAAAAAAAAAAACUGUGUAAUAUAAUAAAUAAUUAAGGGAUAUUUUAAUAAUAAUUAUGUAUAUUUUGGGAUUAUUUUUAUUUUUUUUUAAAAACAAAUAAAAAUAAAAAAAGAAGCUUAAAAAAAAAAAAAAAAUUUUCUUUUUU